ACUUGAUUUAUGCGACUGCAAUUAAUUGUAGUUCUCAUUUGGGGGAAAAGGGAGGAAGAGUAUGUCGAACGGGUGCAAGUAAUAUGGUUGCCUAAGCAAUAAAAAAGUUGCAGGGGCAAUAAUAAGCUUGUUCUAGACACAAUUCUAAGAUGUGCCCUGUAAAAGGGUGAUUUGAUUGUUUGCAUACCAUAAAUUGAUUCUGCCAAUUAUUUAGUUUUAAGUUAGUUUUAGGGGAGUCAUUGUUCUACACCGGGAAACAUCAUUUUCAGUCCAGACAUUAUUUUUUGGUUAAAAUUCAAUUUUGUCACCUUAAUUAAACCAUAGUUCAAUCUUUUCGUCUUGAACUCUUAUUGUAUUCAAGCCUUGAAUCAAUUAUUGCUUGAACAUACUUUUAGCAAACAGUAUGGGGUUGUUCUUCCUAUGUGGGACUCUUGUGAGAGGUUGGAAAGCUAUCACAUAAUUUUUUGGACCGAAAUGCCCCUUGUUUUUUUCAAAGAAAAGAAUCGACUAGCUCAACUGCCCAACGGCUCAACCUAAGGCGGCUGGGGCUAUAGCUAAUAACUGGACAAUUUGUCAACCCGGAUAUGCUGUUUGCAUUAGAUCACCUAAACUUUUGUCAACCAAAAGAAAAUAGAAUAUAAAUUAUAUCAAACCAAAAAAAAAAAAAAAUUGUUGAGAUAAAAACUAGAACACCCCAGAUGAUGCUCAGUUUGAAUCGAAGAAAUCCAAGACCAAAUCCAAAUAGAAAAGUGAAAAAAAUAACCAUUGGAGAAACCGUGGCACUUCCACAGAGAAGCCGGCUUUAGUUAAUGGUGGGAAGAGUGGUGAAAAUUACGUGGGGAGAAGGUUGGUAAUCCGUCCUAAUUCUUGGGCGUUAGCUUAGGGUAAACGGCAUUAUUGGUCAUAUAUAUUUAUAUUUACAUUUAUAUAUAUACAUCACACUCCACACGUCUUCUACUUCUUGUCUUGUUGAUAUUCCUUUGCUAUUGUUCUCCGUCAAAGUUCCUCUAGUCGUCGUUUCCUGCAAUUGAGUCUUUACCCCUGUAAGUAAGAACAAGAAAACCCCAUCACCAAGAAGAAAGAAACAGCAAGAACAAGAAACCAUGUGUUGCUGCUGUGAUGACUGCGAAUGCAGGCCUUUAGGGUUUUUGUUAGGUCUUCCCUUCGCCUUUGUCUCCCUUCUCCUCUCUCUCAUUGGUGUCGUUAUUUGGAUUGUAGGGUUGGUGUUGAGUUGCAUAUGCCCAUGUUGCUUCUGUGUGACCGUCAUAGUUGAGUUCGCAUUGGGAUUGAUCAAAGCUCCCUUUCUGAUCAUGAAGUGGUUCACCUCCAAGAUCCCUUGUUAAGGUUUCAGAUUUAUCAUUAUUAGUUAGAUUAAUUCAUUGAUUAUAGGAUAUCAUUGUUGACUUUUUCUUGAGGAUGAUGAUCCAUGUGUCUUGAUUUCCUUUUUACAAGUUAAUAAUAUUUCAUCUUUAAGCUUUGUUUUAGGCA